AUGGUUCCCCAACGCCACGAGCGAUACUACUUCGACGAUGGCAAUGUGAUCUUCUUGGUGGAAGAUACGUUGUACAACGUCCAUCGAUACUUCCUCAAACGCGACUCGCCUGUCUUUCAGACGAUGUUCUCGCAACCAUCGGGAACAUCGGGUGAAGGAGAGUCAGACGACAAUCCGAUCACUCUGGAGGGCAUCAAGAGCGCCGAUUUUGCCAAUUUCCUAUCCUGUAUCUAUCCAUCGAACCUUGGGCAGGGUGACCUGACAACGUACGAGGAGUGGUCCGCCGCUCUGGAGCUGGCUGUGAGAUGGGAGUUCAACAGCGUACGCGACUUCAUCGUGCGUCGUAUGAAGGAUACGGGGACUCUUGCCGAGCAGGUCGCGAUGGCUCGUCGGCUGGAUAUGCAGCAGUGGUGCUGGGACGCUUGCACGAAGCUUUGUCAAAGGGCCAAACCUUUGACUCUAGAAGAGGGCCAACGUCUCGGCGUGGAAGAUACAGUCAGGAUCUCCCAAGUGCGCGAGAAUCUGCGUGUGCAUCCGCGAGUUGGCAAGAACGGAGACUUGCAAGGGUAUAGAGUGGAAUGGGGAAGCCCCAUGGAAUUGGAGUACGAUUUCAACUCCAAGAGGCAUGACAAUGACACGCUGUUCGAAGUGAAGCAGACACUUUGUCUACCUGAGCUCCCCUACGUAUACCGUUGUUUUGUUACAUUUGACUUCUCGUCACAUUGA